CCACAUUUCAUCCCACUGUUUCUUCUCCUUUUUGUCUCUUGGCAUUCACUUUACUACUUCUCCUCUCUCUCUCCUCCUCUCACACCACUUCUUCAUCUUCUCCAUUUUCCUUUGUUUUUCAUGCUCUUUCAUACCUAACUCAUUCAUCCUUUUCUUGUUUUUUUUCUUCUAAAUACCAACUUUUUCAAACAAUGCCAACUUGGAUUUGAAGUAAUUCCUCAUAUUUUUGUAAACCCCAUUUUUUGUACAAUGCCAACUUGUGCUGUCUGAGCUAUAUUCUUCUCUGGUAUCAACUGAAGUGUUUGAUGUCAAUUUCAAUCCUGGUAAACUUUCAUUUUAUCAUUGAAACGGAAUAAGGAGUUUGCAUUAUUUUUUUCCUGUGAAAAAUCAUUCAAAAUUGCUAAAAAUUGUUUUUAAGGGUUUAGGAAUUGGUUAGUAAAUUGAUGGAUCUGAGUUGGUUUAAGGGGGAUUAAGUUCAUUAUUUGACUCCAGUCAACUUUUGAGCAAGAAUUACCACAGAAAGUGUUUGCAAUUAUCGACCUUUUCAACGGGUUUAAAAGUAUCAAGUCUACUUUGCUUUUUUCAUACUGUUACCGUUAUCAGAUUCUUCAAUGAAUUUAAAGUACAUAAAGUGUGAACCUCAAGUUUGAUUGAGAUAAUAAAGUGCUAGAGUUUUCGUUUUUUCGUUUUUUCGUUUUCUGGGUUCAUUUUGGAUCUGAGAACUCUAUCAGUGUAUAAAUUGUGACAAUUUUUGGGGAUUAUUGUAAGGUUUAGUUGGUUAGUUUUGGUGCUUGGAAGCAAGCAAUAGUCAAUAUUGUUGUCGAGAAUAAGAAGGUGUUGUUUGCGGAUUGACAUUGUUGUGACUUGUGGAUCUGCAGUGUGAGUUAACGAAGUUGUGAAGCAUGAUGAGACUUCUUGGAAGUCUCACGAUGCUUCACCUUAUAAUGUGGCUGUUUUGGUUGCCGCGAUUAGGUAGCUCUCAGUUAACUGAGAUUUCUACGGGGGCUGCGCGAGCACUAGAUGCACUCCUCCAGGAUUAUGCUUACCGUGCAUUUGAUAGCCCGAGAAUUAGAACAGGUGUUAUCUAUGAUGGAAAUGUCCCCUCCAAUUUGACAGGGAUUAAGGUGUCUGGAUUGAGGCUUAGGAGUGGGAGCUUAAGGAAUCGAGGAUUUGCAAUGUAUAAAGAGUUCGAUAUACCUGUUGGUGUUGUUGAACAGCCUUUCGUUGAGAGGCUUGUUCUGGUCUACCAAAAUUUAGGCAAUUUUUCUUCAACCUAUUACAACUUAUCUGGCUACAUGUACUUAGCUCCUGUAUUGGGUCUUCUUGCUUAUGAUGCAUCAAACUUGGCCGCAACCAACUUGCCUGAGUUGGAUAUCAACGCUUCCGGUCAGCCCAUUUCUAUAAGAUUUUCAGAUGUCAAGCCAUUGCCUGUCGGAUCAUCUCCAAAGUGCGUUUCAAUUGACUUACAAGGGUCUCUGAAUUUCAGCAAUGUUCUGUCGGAUAACACAUGCACAACCUUUCAACAAGGACAUUUCUCUAUUGUGACCGAGUCAAUUGCUCCUGCUCCAUCUCCUCCAACAGAGACGCCCACAAUUCAUCAUAACGGAAAGAAGAACAAGUCGAAAGUGUGGAUAAUUGUUGGUUCGAUAGUAGGAGGACUAUUAUUGAUGUUUCUUUUAGGUCUUUUGAUAGUGUGUGCAAGCAAGUACAAACAGAAGAAGAAAAUGCAACAAAUGGAGAGGGCUACAGAGGUUGGAGAAUCGUUACAAAUGACGAAAGUCGGAAGCACAAAAGCACCGGCUGCUACGGUAACACGAACGCAACCUACACUAGAAACUGAGUACAGACCCUAAUUUUUCCAAUCUGCACAAGCUCUGGUUCACAUUCUUGUUUUGUUGAUGUUAUAUAUUCUUCCAACCACACUGCUUUUUCUUGGUGUUGCUUUAUUCAAUUAUUUAGUAGAGGUUUAUGAUAGCAAUGUGAAUAGUAACAUGGUUAUUGUAUAAACACAAUAAUCUUUUAGCUUUCACAUUAGCCAUUCAUAUUUGUGGUGGUUUGUUAUGGGUGUGCAUUUAUUCUUUUAGCAUUUGUUAGAGUUCAUUGUGAUCAAAGUUUGUACAAUUCAUUGACAAGAAAUAAAAUAUUUUGAUAGUUUUUUCUUUUUUAGCUUA